AUGACAUCUACUGCAGCGCCUAGUACCGGAAUUAAUGCAACUUCGGGUCUUGACCCAAGUCCGGGUUCAAGCCCAAGACCGGAGCUAUCUAAAAAAUCUUCCCCAGAUUCUUCACCAUCAACAACUCCAUCUUCUGCGUCACCGGGAUACUCUUUAUCGCAGAAGAAGUCGUCGGAUGUAGAGAAGCAGGAAAAGGCAAGACCAUUUAUAUGCCCUACCUGUACAAGAGCUUUUGCAAGGCUUGAACACUUGACAAGACACGAGAGAUCUCAUACAAACGAAAAACCAUUUCAGUGCGCAGCAUGUGGUCGCUGCUUUGCACGACGGGACCUUGUUCUACGGCAUCAGCAAAAGUUGCAUGCUUCUCUUCCUACAAACAAUAGAGCUAACGCCCCAAAAAGAGUGCGUGGACCACGGGUCACGCCGAAAGAUGGUGAGAUAGUUAGCGACUACUUGAAUGAUAAUAUUAAUAUAGUGAAAAAUAACACUAGCAAACAGCUACCACUACCGAAGAAAUCAAAGAGAAGGGGUGUUUACUUACUAGACAAGAAGUUAGAUACUACUGAACCAUCCGACACUGAUUAUAAUACUCCGUCUAUGCCUAAGUGCAAACAAGUUGAAAUAUCUGAUUCAGGGGCAGGCUCCGGUUCGGGCUUUAAGAAACGCAAGAAAGUUUUACCUGUGUCACCAUCACAACAACAGAUCAACUCACCUGCGGCUGGCUCGAUUGGAUCGAUUUGCUCAAUAGGAUCUCGCGGCUCGAGUGGUCACGACUCUCUCUCGUCUAUUCAAGAAUCUGCUCCUUCCACUUUUCUAAACUUGCCUGAAAACAUCGUACAUCAGGUUCAAAAUAUACCUUCCGAACUGUCACAUCCCUCACAAGAGUCUCUUCAAGGCCUGAUCGAUAAUAAUUAUGACAGUUUGUUGAUGAUGGAUAAUUCAAACCUGGAGUCUCAUUUCAGAGAUCAGAGACAUGCUUCGUUCAGUGCUGCGGCUUCUGGAUCAUACACGGGUUUUCCUGAACAUCAUGCACGUGGUGCUCCAUUGGAUGCUCUGGAUACCAUUGAACAAGAAGCACCUCCUCAGGUCAAAUUCUCUUCACCUCAGAUGAAACAUGAAGCGGAUGGACAUUUUGGGUAUUUGAAUUUUGCUGAACUUGAACAACUCGAGAACCCGAACUUCCAAGGAAUGGACGACAUAAAUCUUGAUUUAAGUCCCAGCAAUUUAGAUACUAAUACCCUGCUGCAAGGACUUGCACAUGAAAAUGUUCAUGAUAUAGCGGAUCAUUCCCUUCCAGAUGUUUCCUCAGAACAUAUGCAUCUUCAUCCAGAGCACGAAUAUCAUUCUCUUUUCAGUCAUAAAGUUACUGCGUCUGUAAGCCUUGCUCAUUCUGUUGUCACUGUUCCCAAGCAGAUGAAACACAACUUUGAGUCUUCUGCAGAAUCGUCUACUGCUUCUUCUGCUCCGGGUUUUCGCACGGUAUCUACACAGACGCCAAUUACAGACAGCCCCUUUUCUCCUUCACAGCAGAAGGCUAUAGAUGCCACAAUCGUUGAACAGUUACAGAAAAUUACAUCCACGUCCACGACAAGCGAUCCCACAUCGACCGGUGAAGUUACAAAAAAGGGUCCGGAAGACUGGCUAUCAGAGUUUAUAAAUGCACCAAUAGAGAAGGAUUUUCCGUCUGUCUCUGACCAUAUUGGAUUUGGUGACUCCCCUUGGACGAAUAACACAAGUAACAACGACAAUUCUCCUUCUGCUAAUAACAACGACAAGAACUUAUCUCGAUAUUUUAGGUCCCGUCAACUUGAUCUUUCUAAGCAUAUUAGUGUUACAGAGCCUUUGCAGAAUUCUGUGAUACCCAGACUAUGCUCAGACAAGAUUCGCACGUAUAUCGUGAACACAUAUCAUUUGAAAGAGUCACAAUUUCCUCAUUUGGAAGACAUGAACCAUUACUUGUCGUUAUAUGACUCUGAAUUCAAUAAGUAUUUUCCAUUUGUUCAUAUUCCAUCGAUGAAUGUCGAAGGGCAUUUGGAAGAGAUUCCUUUGAUGCUAUCCAUGGCCGCUAUUGGCGCAUUAUACUCGUUCCAUGCCCGCAACUCCUCUACCCUUUUCAACUUCUCUCGAUUUUUGAUUCAUAAUUUUAUGGAGACGAGACUUCACCUUCACGAGUUUAAUCACGUGCCCCUUCAUAUUACGCAGGCAUUGUUACUUCACCUGUUCCUUGGAAUGUUUCACAACGAUCUAGAGGUUACGAAAUUAACUGGAAGACAGCUUACAUCUUUGGUGUCUUUGGCUAAAGCUACCAGAUUGGAUAUGCCUAUAGAGUCGUUCUUUCUGCCACCAGCACUAUCUGCAGAUAUAUCUACCUUGAACGAUGGCUCUGACAACUCGCAUCAUCAGUUGAAGACAUGUUAUGAUUACUUUAUUCUUGCCCAGUCAAGAAUAAGAACCAUUCAUGUGCUCCAUUAUCUCUCUGUGCUAUUUGGGAUGUUUACAGGCUCAAAAGUGGAACUUGUUGCUGAGGAUAUUCGAUGCGGAACUUUUUGCGUUGUUGAAGAUCUUUGGAAAGCAAAGACAUGUAACGAAUGGUUGAACUUAAUCAAAAACCAUGAUCUCAUAGUGGAUUCGAAGUUUUCAUUAAUACGGUUGAGUGACGGUACAAACUCUUUUCGGGAUCUCUGGCACGAUUUGACCAAUCUUACACUGGAUAGGGACAUUGGGCAGCGGAGUCUGUUGUCCCUUCUCAUGUCGUUGAAUAGUUUUAUCCACGACGAACGACUAAAAAUUGAAAACUCUUCUUACAGCGAAGGUGCAAAGAUCGCCAAAUGGAGAAUGGACGAAAGGCCGUAUAUUGAGUCCCUUAUCAAGUCAUGGGAGACAUCCUUUGUUCGUAACGGUGGAUUGCUUGUUCCAAAAGGACAAAAUUUGCAUGUCAUCAACAGAAGCUCUGCUUUAAAGUUGAUACUACCUUUACUAUCACUUGCCAAAAUUCGCAAGUGCGUAUACAUUUCUCCCGUUUUAUCAGCAGUUUGGACUAGAGAUUGGGAUGCCAUGAAUAUCGAAAUCAAAAAAUUGACUAGAGAUCCGGAGGCAUUGAGGGAUGCCGUUACUUACUGUUUGGAUAUCGUCAAUCUCUGGAUCGAGAUUAUUUCCAUCACAAAGGACGCUGAAAAGACAUCAAUCAGAACACCAAUUUUCUUCUUGACUUGCCUAUUCACAUCCACUCUUCUAAUAUCCGAAUAUUUAUACACAAGCGAAGUUUGGGCCAAUCGGUAUAUGGAGAACGAAGAAAGUCACCAGUAUCUGGCCACUGCCGAUAGAGUACUGUGGCUUAGAGCAGAGAGAGUUUUCAAGAAAGUGGAAAAUAGCUUACUACCUUCAAGUGCCAAUAACACUUCUUACAGUGAGUUUUUGCGUAUCCAGGCUAAAGGCGCUUUGGAUGUGGAUUCAUUGGAUGACAAAAUUGCCAUGCUUGCCUUGGACCCGGAAAAUGUUCAACACAUUGCUGCAAUCAUUAUUAGUGGACGUCUCAGUGCAAGAUGUUUAUCGUUAGGUGUAAGAAUUUUGGCCGAUGCACCAGUAUGGCCAAUCGCUUUGGUCUUUGCUGAAGCUUUAAAGGCCCGUGCUACUGCCAUACACCAGCACCUAUCAACAUUUACGCCCAUAUCCAGCUCAUCUACAGGAUCCAUUAAGUCCUAA